GGCAGCGAAAGAGACACGCGUGCCUCUCUACGUUUGUAAAAAAAAAAAAAAGUAAUGACGAUACGAAUUAAAUGUAAUUGUAAAUACUACUUGUCGAAUAUCAGUAAACUUGUCGGUUCUCUAUUAUUUAUCCACGCAUGAAACAUUUGUCGCACGACAAAUACAAUGAAGCUCAGAAGACAUGCGCGACCGGCGAGUUUUCGAGUUUUCGCGCCAAUUUCGCAAAUCCUCUCGAUUACUCUAAUUACUCUCUGACACUCGCGACAACGAAGGUGUUAACGAUUAAGUACGAGCGAGUGACUUAAUAAAAAAUGAAAUUCAGAUGCAGAAUGGUGGACCCGGGUGCCAUGCGGGAUUUUACGAGUAUCGUCACGAAUAUAUCCCGAAUGGCCAAGUACUGCGUGUUGCGAUUGACACCGGACGAACUGUGCUUCAACGUCGGCGACGAGCGUACGCCCGUGCUCUGGGCGAUGCUCGCGCAGCAGUACUUCUUCGUGGAGUACGUAAUGAACGGCACGUCCGAGCAGGAGAACGAGAUCUACUUGGAGUUCGACGCCUCCAUGAUCGCCAAGAUCCUGAACAGCCUGAGGGCGACGGCGAGGAGCACGAAGAUCAAGCUGACCAACAAGCGGCAGCCCUGCCUCACGUUCGAGAUUGACCUGUCCACCCUGUCCGUUGACUCGCGGCAGUGCGUGCACGACGUGCCCGUCAAGCUCAUAUCGCGCAAAGAGUGGCCGGAGCACAAGAUGCCGGACAUUCCCGAGUUCGACAUAUCGCUGGAGACGCCGCAGCUCAAGUACCUGCGGCACAUCGUGGACCGAAUGAAGAACAUGAGUUCUCAGCUGACAGUGACCGCCAAUAAAUGUGGCGCGUUGGUGGUAAAAAUUGAGGUGGACUACGCCGCCGUGUCCAGUCACUUCAAAGGGCUGAAAGUUUGGGGAAGCAGAGAGGAGACGGACGAUAUCUCGGCGACCGUCAGCGCAAAGAAGCUCGCCAUGUUCCUGGGUUGGGACAUUCUCCAUCCGGACGGCGUCAAGUGUAACUUGUUGCAGGAGAAGAUGAUAAAGCUAACUUUAGACGUGGGGGAGCACAUUAACAUUCAUUAUUUCAUACCGGCCAUCAUCUCUUGAGCAAAGGGGGAAGAAACUUAGAUAUUGCGUUAUUUAUAUGUAAAAUAUAUAUAUAUUUUUUU